AUGGAGGAGGACGAGGGGGCCGCGGGAGGCGCGGAGCACCAGCGCGCCCGCCGCCGGCCCGGGGCCGAGCGCUCCCCCAGCCCCAGCCGCCUGGACGUCAGCUCCAGCCGCUUCGACCCGCUGCUGGCGCUGUACUCGGCCAACACGCCGCUGCCCUUCCCCUCCGCGCCCUGCUUCAACAACCUCGCCGAGUAUGAGAGCUUCCAGCGCGGCCUGCUCCGCCCGCGCGGCCGCCGCCCCGCGCCCUCCCGCCGCGGCCCGCCCGCCGCCCGCCGCGGCCCGCCCGCCGCCGACCCCGAGCGCAUCCAGCGCCUCCGCAGCCUCAUGGUCAACGCGGGCCCCGAGCACGACACGGCCGAGGGCGGCGCGGCGGCCCGGCGCCGGCGAGCGCCGCGCAACGUCCUCACUCGGAUGCCCCUCCACGAAGGCAGCCCACUGGGGGAACUUCAUCGCUGCGUCCGAGAUGGUGUAAAAAUCAAUGUCCAUAUCCGCACUUUCAAAGGGCUCCGUGGAGUCUGCACAGGGUUUUUGGUUGCAUUUGACAAGUUCUGGAAUAUGGCCCUGACAGACGUGGAUGAGACAUACAGGAAACCAGUAAUGGGCAAAGCUUUCUACGCAGAACCUCAGCUCACACUAACCCGGCUGUUUGACAGACUCAAACUGCAGGAGUCCUCGGCAAAGAAGGCAGCUGACUCAAAGACUGUCUCAGAGGAGCUGGCCCUGACAAAUGACUCUCAGACGCUGGGACUGAAAGGACGAGGGAGAGCAGAAGAUGAGCGUGAGAGGCAGAAACGCUUGGGUAGAGCUGGAGAGAAGAAGAUGCCAAGUGACAGAGGUGAUGCUGAUGUGGGUAGCGGGACUGCCCACACAGAGGGGGCCAGUGCUGGUGGUACCCGGGCAAGAAGCCAGUCACGGAGAAAAAGGCGUCCCAAAGUGGAUUAUCAACAGGUGUUCACACGGCACAUAAACCAGAUUUUCAUUCGAGGAGAGAAUGUCUUGCUUGUUCAUUUGGCACAUUGACUUGGCUGAGCCUUCCUCGGUGUAUUUAUUUGAUAGCAUGAAUUGCUGCUGCAGCCAUCGCUCUUUAGCGUUCUCAUUAAGUCUGAUGGUACUGUGACUGGUUUCCCAUUGCCACAACAAGGUAGGGGAAGUAAUUCUACCUGGAGCAUCCUGAGCCUCAUGCCAAAGUAGCCUCAUGCCUACUUAGAUCUCUGUUGGGAGCCUCAGGACAAGGUCAGCAAAGUAGUUAUUCCUGUGAGAUGAGGGAGGCAAGCGCAGAUCCCUCUGCUCUUUAAAAAGAAGCUAAAUGGAGAGGGUUAGAAGAGAAUUUUGGUGUACUCUGUUACAGGAGCUAAUUGUGGCACACAUUAAGGAGCUUAAGAUCAGAUCUCCGCCUGAAAUGGAUCCCAAAUGCUCUUUUCUGUGCUCAGAGUAACCUCGAGAGAAGACUGCUAAUGAAACCAGCAAUUUAUCUGCUGGUGUUACCCAGCUGUCUUCUUUUCCAGACAUAUUUCUGACAAUCAUUUUGAAAUAGUCUGUGAAAAAGUAGAGUGACUUACAACUGCUGGCUAUCAGCCUCUUCUUCAUAGUUAGCUCUAUAAUUCCCUGUGUGACAGAAAACCUCUUAAUUGAAGACUGCUCUUCUCAGUGAAUGGUGGCAGGAUGUUGUUUUCGCUAUCAAAGCUUAGGCUUUUAUUUGUAAUGCUGUGCUUUAGCUGCUUGCUGCUGCUAACAGGGCUAAUGUAGCUGAUCCAGGGACCUCCCUAUUUGGAGUUUUAUCUGUGAAUGUCGUGGAUGCAGAUGGAAAAUGGUACUUUUAUGUUUAACCCAUUUGCCACUUAGUGUAACAGUGACAUUUGCAAAGGUGUAGGGGUUUUUUUCUCAGAUUUAAAGUGUUUGUGCUGAGCACAGUUGUACUGUAUCUAAGCGCCUUUCAAGCUCCUUCUGUUGAAACUAGAGGUGCUGUGUCUCCAGCAGUUCUCACGGAGCAGAAAUCUUUAUGGGUCUUUCCUAUCUGUAUGAAUGAUGCAUCAUCUAAUUCCAGUUGAACUGAGCUUUGGAGGUGUGCCUAAAAAUGUUUUGAAGUGUAAAAGUCAAACUUGACUCAUUAGUGUUUUCAUUUUAGCAAGGUGGUUAAACUGCUGUAGAUCAGGCCAGGCUUCUGCAGGUAUCACCUGCUUUCCAAGAGAGCUACAUGCAGAAGUUUGAGGUAAAUGAAGUUGUUAUAUUAUCCUGCCUAUUCCCUUAGUUGUUAAAGGCCACUAGAUUUCACACUGCUCUUCUUGUACUCAUCUCAGCUACCUUUUGCUUUGUAGCAGCUCUGUGUAUUUAAGGUGAAGUUAGGAAAUAGCUUUGUAGCAGAUCUUGUAUUGCAUGUAGAGGUCUCUCAAACUCGGUGACUGUACUCUCAAUGACAUAUGUUGCUGUUGCUAUAAAUGCAGCAUACUGCUUGCUUGUUGUUAGGGGUAUGUCUGUUGUUCAGAUGAUUUUGCAGGAGUUCUUGGACAUACAAAGCAGCUGUAUGCCUCUAGGGGAGCCUGAAACUUUGAUGUCAACAUUUCAGAUGACUUUGGGCUUGGAUGGCUGAGCAGCUCAGCCACUGAACUGCAAACUCAAGUUCAGCCUGGGACAGAAGUGCCUCAGAAUUCAAUGUGUUGAGGCAAAACAGUUUCAUCAAGAGUGGGGAAAAAAAAAAAGACAAGGAUAAAAAUAUCUACACUUUCCUAUAGUUUUAUUGCUGUAAUUCCUUCUUCUCUUUGAGGUUCCUGUUUCCUCUCUUUUUGUGCUGUUCUUGUUUGUGUUCAUAUGGCCUGCAGUUCUUCCCUUUUUUCCCUUUCUUUCUCUUCUCCUGGCAGUACUUUGUCUCCUCAGGACAUCCUAAACUACUGUUCAGGAGAGUUGUUCUUGUAUUCGCCCCUACUUGUCCUGGCUUCCUGAACCUUUCCUGGUUGGCUUGCUGUGUGAAUGUGAUUCCCAACUAACCAGAACACUCACAAAUUGUUAGAAAUGUGUGAAGCUAGAAACAAGGGGCUUAUUUCUGCUCCUGACUUCUCAUCAGCUUUUAUUGCAAGUGAGUACUUUUCUUCAUUACAUUUUUGUCUGUGAGUUGUUUUUUCCCCUCUGCUUUCUGAAUGUUCUGGUUUUAUUCCAGUUGUUGGGGAUGAAUUAUCUGCCUUUUCCAUUCAUGCCAAAGGCUACUGGUUUUGACCUCUCCUCUUUCCUUCAUACUUGACCAAAUGGUGUCAAAUCUCUGCUCAGGCCUGUGUACUAUGACAUCUAAUUGGAUUCUUGCUUUUUUUACCUCCUACUCUUAAUUCUCGUUUGUACUGCCUUGUGCAUUCAGUAAGGUACAACUACCAUGAAUGUUCUUGUGGCUAUACUGCCCUCUUUCCUUGUCAGUUAGGACUUCACCAAGUUGUCAGUUGCUACUAGAAGUCUUAGUUUCCUUUCAUCAGAAGUUUUUCUCUGAAGCCUUGCAGUUGUUUGACAUCUACAAGUUUCUUUUUUGACAUUUUAUGAAAAAUGCUGGUGCUUAGACUUGCAUUUGUGCCUUGAUUUUUAUAUCAUCACUGACCUGUUCUUCCAAAGUCAUCACCUCAGUCAACAGACCUGGUUAAGAGCUAUACAGUUUGUCUACUUUUUUUGCUCUACCUCAUUAUUAAACAGUUCCUUAUCUCCUGUCAUUGCCUCAUCUGUGGAGCCGGUUAAAAUUCUCUCUUCCAAUUUAGAUUUAAUGGCUUAUUUGGUGAUUCUUCAUUUCCUUCCUCCCUACCCACCUCUCUCUCAUUAUUUCCAAGCUGCUUCCUAAAUACAGCCACUUCUACAACUUCAGAUCUACCAAAAUGUCUUCCUUUUCCCUAUUUCUGACAUUGUAUCUUCCCAAAGCCCAUUGCCAAAAUGCUGUUUUAUGAGUUUUGUCUCUUUCAAGCAUAGCAUUUGUGAUUUUGUCUCCUUCAGGCUUCAUAAUUGUGACUAAGCAAGUGAUCCUGGAUGUGUGUUGUCACUUGCAUGUUUAAUACUUCAGAUAAAGCUGCUCUUCAAAUAAAAUGGAAUGUGAUGCUCUGAAAUGAAGUCUUCUACCUCACUGGAGUAUUCAUGUAAAUCUGUUUGUUUUUAAAAACAAAAGAAAACAACCCUUGGAAACAAACGAGCUUUGUUUGGUCUUAUUGUUUCUGGUGAUUUCUUUCCAUGUUUUACCUUUUCCAAACUCGGCAUAAAAUCCAGAUUCUUUAAGAUCUGUUUGCUCUUAUCCACUGCUAUUGCUGCAGUGUCACAAAGAUGAUGUGACCGUGGGCACCUGAAGUCAUGCUAAAGAAUGAAGUGCAGGGGGAAGUCUUAAGAAACAGAGCUGUGUGAGAGGGAUUCUGGAGGAGAUCCACAUUCUGUUUGCGACUUUUCCAGUAUUUGUAAGACCCUGUUCAGCCUGGUGCUCAGCAGUGGUUCCUGCAGUGUUAUCUCUGGGGAAGUACUAAAUUACUGCAAGGAGCAGGUUUCUGAAGUACCCUUGAAGAAAUGUUGUGAUCACUUGAGAUUUUUUUCGCAUCAUUUCUGAACGAGCAGACAAAUAUGAAACUUGUGCAGUGCUGUGGUGCCAACUGCAGGAAUGAUGUAACGCUGCAAUGGUCUUGGAAUGUGAUGUGAGUGAGAUCUCACGUGUCAUCAUGUAUCUCUUCAUUGCCAACAGAGUUCAGUAGGGAGCCAAAUCUCAUGAUUACAUUAAGAGGUGAUUUAUAAUUCUAGGGACCUUUGCAGAUAUUCUGAGUAGGGUUUUCAUGGUACCACAGCAUAAAAACUUGCUGUGAUGCAGGGAAACUGGUAGGGAGAAUCUGUCUGAGAGCUGCAAUGUUACCCUACAUUUAUGGGUAUCAUGGCUGGGAUGAUUGUUUGGGAAGCUCUCUUGCACAGAUGCCUCAUUUUUAUUGAAUACUUCUUAAACAGGGCAGUGGCAGUAGAAUAGGUAAGGCCAAAGGAAAAAAAACAAGCUUUUAAAAAGUGUGGGUUUAGUUCCUUCUCUCAGCUGACUUGCCCAGCUUCUUAAUUGCCUGGAAGGAUUUUUUUUCUGAUCUAGACACAUGUCCUCACCAGGUGAUGGCUGAAGUAGUCAGCAAGUACUGCUUUCCAUCUGCUCCUUGUCCUUCAGAUUCUGGAUUAAUUGUUUCUGAUGCAGCUUUCCCUUCUGUAUCUUUUGGAAGCAGAGCAAAGUCUCUCAGCAGGGGCAGGUUUGACUGCCCGCUGUUUUUUUUUCCCCUCCCUAAGGAAUGUUACCCCAUCUAGUUUUGCAUCCAGAUGGCCUUUGGUUAUUGUUGAUUUUGAUACUAUUCUCUGCAGACUUUUGGAAUUUUUUGGUCAGAUGUUUUAAAUUAUUUUCCUUCCCACAGUGCCAGGGUUUCUUACUUGGCUCCUGCAGUCACCCAUUUGCACCUAGGAAUCCUCAUGGGUGAAGAAGUGCCCACGAAAAAAAAGCAGCAGAUACAAAAACAUGUCUAAUUUUUGUUGAAUUUGACAUUUUGUCCAACAUGCUGCCCACACUUACUCUUUCCCUUGCUUACUGGCACUGACCUACGUGAGACAGGUGGAAACAAUGAUUUCCUCCAGAAUCUUGAAAGAAACCUGAAAGGCAGCAGGGACAGCAAACUGUGAAAACAUUCUGAGUUUGUGAAGAUGUGUAUCUCCAGGUAAACUUCCUGUCUUUGAUUAAACAGAUCAGAAUGACAACUACCAUCUGAAACUGUAAGCCCUGCAACUGGGUGGAACUGGAAGGUACAGUACUACACCCUUUCAGCAGCAAUGCAGCAGCAGCAGCAAAGUUGCUGUGAUUCCUUCAACCAGGCAGGCUCUUUCCUGAGAAGCUGUUGAGUUGUAUAUUGGUGUCUGCUCCAAGCAUAAGUGCAAAAACCAGCAUAUUAAUAUGAAGAUGCUUUCUCUCCUGCCUGCAUUGCAAAGUGUAAAACACAAAUGCUGAAGCACACAUCAUGUGCAGCCCAGAACUAUUUCAGUUCGUGCUUCUGCUUCUUGCCGUGGGUUUAAAAAGCUGAAGUUGAUACUACAGCAAUCCCUUGCUCUAACAUUGUGAAAGGCUAACACUUAGUAGAAAAGGAUACUGAAAAACUGAGGUAUUACAGAAUUUGUGGAAUUUGUAGUGUAAUUAAGGUAUUGCAAACCAAACCCAUCUGCUCCUCAGGAUCCAGAUGCACAAAUGGAAAUGAAUGAAGCCACAAGUAGGAAAAAAAAUAACUUCCCUUCUUCUAGUGAAGGAAGGUGGUCUUCCUAGAGCAGGCCAGUAAGUGCAAAGCUAAUUCUCAGUUUGUACACGUGAUGGUAGGUAGGCUGAAACUCAGAGUGAACAAAGUAUGGACAAAAAAGAGCUGAAAGAGGCUCUGUUUGCAGACUUGAGUAUCAACAGUCUAACUUCACAGUGAGAGUUUCUAGAGAAGCAACUCCAGUUUGCAGUACUAACAGCUGCAGCAUUGGCUCCCCAAAAUGUUUUCUUGGCAUUAUUGUCCUUGCCCAUAAGAAGAUGAUAAAUGCAAAGGUUGGUGGUAUGCUGUCCUGUACUGUCUUUUUCAAAAUGCUGCAGUGUAUUUAGUGAUGAGAUCUGACUAAGUGGACAAAGGAAAGCACGGUGUAGGAAAAGAGGAGAGAGUCCAAGCUGAGCUUCAUGUUUUAAUUUACCAAAAAUAACCUGGAAGGGUACACUUGGACCAAAAAACUAAGAAUGCACUCAAGUCUUCAUUUAGAAACUUUAACUUGGUCAGACUUUUUUCCAGCAGUGCCUAUGUCUGUCCUUCAGAUAAACAUUACUGCAACAUCUUUUAAAGGUACUGUGCUGUCCAUGUAGCCAGUAAUGUUCACUUCAUAUCUAAGAAGCGCUUUCAGAAGUCACUGUCAUUAGAAGGAAACUCUCAUUUUCAGGAGGUUACAUGUCUUUUUCUCUCUUCUGACUUAGAACCUAAGAUGAAAUUGGGCAACAGCUGUAUCUCAGUAAAGCAGUUAAAAUUUGCUUGGGAAGAAAAACCAAUUAAAAAAAAAAAAAUCACAGCUUUUUGUGUCAGGUGUUGCCAAUGUGUCAGCAGGAGAGAGCAUCGACUCGUGGCAGAAAGGAGACGACCUUUACUAUUUAACAGCACCUUUUGCUGCCAACUUUUUUACCCAUUAACAACCUAGGCAGAAAAAAAAAAGAUCAGGCCACUUGGGAAGAGAGAGGCAAGGCAGUCUGACAGUCCUCCUCUGGGUGGGCACUGCAGGAUCACCACACUUCAUGAAGGCUUUGUUUGAGGGGGGAAAAAAAAUAGUGUGGAAUCUACUGUUAAGCAUAAUAUGCGCCUCUCUCUAGGUUUUCCCAACUUUGAGCUUUCAUGGAAUGCUGAAAGUGGGAAAGCAGGCAAAGAAAAAGGGAGUUCCUUUACUUGGUGACAAGUCCUUGAAAUGGGAGGUUGCCUUCUUGCCUGGGUGCUUUGGCACAGUGCAGUGUUGUGCUCAGUCGAUGAAGGAGGAGUGCACAGAGCCAGUUCUUCAGUGCAGCCUCCGUUACGUUGUGAGCAUCCCCCUGCAUCCUGCCUCUCACAGUUUGCAGAGGAAACCCAGUGGGAGAAAAAAUAAGUAAGCAAAUUUCUCCUUUUGAGGCAGGGAUGGUAGGAAGCUUGGCUAGUUCUUGUUAGCUUCCUGGGGGUGCAGGAGAAAAGACUACUUUAGUGGAGGAAGAUGGCUUGUCUCAUGAUGUUUACAAGUCCUUUAGAUGUCACUGUAAGUGCUCUUGCUCUUAGCUGGUAGAAGUGAAGGCCUGUCAGGGAAGGAAAAUGCCUUCUGAUGUUCCCGGAUAACUAUUUUAUUAGCUGCUAGCUUCAUAGUGUACACUUGGAUGACUUAGCUGGAGAAAAUUAGUACACCUGAGACCUUCAGUCAGUCUUGUAUUCGUUUAGAAUGAAAAGGAGUUUGAUCAGUUUGUGUAAAAACAUAUCCAUCCUUUUUUCCUCUCAAAAGAUCAGUGCUCUCCCUCAGGAAAGAAAUGAAAGCUGCUCCUGCUCCUAUAGCGAUUGCUUCUGAUUUCCACAGCUUCAGAGCAAAGUGCAGCUGUGUCAUUGCAUCUUCAGCACGACAGAUCAUUCCGAGAUGAAAAUGAGCGAAAUGGGCCUCUUGAAAACAAAAAUGGGCAUUAUGAGGGGAGCAUUUGCAUUCACCUCUUUUCAAAUAGUGUAUGCAUCCACUGUAGUUGCAUGGACUGGGUCUUGUUAUCUAGAAAUCUUCCUUAACAAACCACAGAGGAGCAGAGUUGGGACCCACCAGACUGACAUGGGAUUGGACGUCAUGUGCUGACAAAUUCUGAUCUCUACUGCCACUUGCUCACUGAAUGGCCUUGGCAAGCCACUUCCCUCCCUCUCCCUCACACUCCACAGCGGUGAUACCUCUGAGAGCAAUCCUUGCCUGGCUUGCAAGGAUUUGGGGAAGCAGCAAGUGCUACACAAGUGCUAAGUAUUGUUACUACAACUACCAUGUGUCAGGUAAGCAGAUAACAUAGAUCAUCUGCCCUCUUCAGGCACUUGACUGUUAGCCUUAUGUCUCAGCACACUGAAGAUGUGCAGGGUAUCAGGUACAAUGAUGCACUUCAGUCUUGAAACGACUUACAUCUUCAAGGUCAGAUUUGGUGACUUCAAUAUCUGUCUUGCAGCUGCAAUACCAUGUUUUGGUCAAAUGGUGAUAAAUGAGAGUGUAACUCAUUUGUAAUUCCUUCUCUGUCUUCCUAAAUAUUUUGUUUCUUGGGAAGCUGAUGCUGCUAUGAACAUAUCAAAUAAUACUGA